CGUUGAUGCUAAUUUUUUCUGGUACCAACGUAGGUUAUUACGAAGUAUAACGAGUAGUUGUCAAAAUUUAUUUGUACGGUUAAGAAGUUCACAAUGCGUAACGUUAAUUUUUAAGGCCUUUUAAAAGUCUUGUGCACGCGAUAAGAACGUUCGUCUUGGUAACAUUUUCUUCUCACACUGUGGUCUUGUGGUGUUAGUUACGUGUAAGUUUGGUGAUAGUGCCAAGGUCUGCCAUAAACAAGUGUCAUCAACAGAAACACGCAUGGGUGAUGCAUUUCAGCCAGAUUUCAUUUUAAAUGUGAUUCGACCAAAUUCUAAGGACUGCAGGGUAACUCGAUGACACCGUCAUGGGCCCAAUCGUCCAUCUAUGGUUUCUGUUCCUCUAUAUCUUGCCAAUUCCGUUGAGCUCUGCAGCAGAUCGACAAUGCAUCAAUACCGAAAAAUGCAGUUGUGUUCAAAACACGGUCGAAAAAAACGAAUAUUGGUGCGGAGGAGACCUGCAGUCGGUCAUGAUCGACGUACUACCCAAAGUAGGAAUGAAAAUAGUCUGCAACGGGUUCAACGAUUCGUCCUACUUGGAUUAUCUCAAAGGUAUCAAAAGUACACCGAAUCUGCAGCGAUUCUCACUCAAACAAUGCCCCGUACCGGAUAAAUCAUUCAAAGAGGUAUUCAAAAGCCUAUCCAUCGAAUCAGUCAACGAGGUUUGCUUCGAUUUAUCCCACACCAGGAAUACCAAAUUCAAAGCUUACCAUUUAGAGAAUCUCGACACUCUGGAGAAAUUAUACUUAUGGAAUAACAAUAUAACCGAAUUACCCGAAUCCAUAUUCAAAGAUCUGACCAACUUGAAACGAUUGUACUUGAGUGGGAAUCAUUUGCAGAAUUUGCCGACUAAAAUAUUCGAAAAAUUGGGUAAACUGCAAUGGCUCGAGCUUGGCAAUAACAACCUGAGUACAUUGGAUAGUGAAGUUUUACAAUACGUACCCAAUCUGAAGAACUUGAAUUUAUAUAAGAAUCGUUUAGAUAAUAUUUCAAAAUCGUUAUUCGCCUCGUUGACAAAAUUAACCUCGCUUGAUCUCAGCAGCAACAACAUAACGCGAUUGAAAGAUGGCAUCUUCGAUAGUCUAUCCAAUUUAGAGGAUUUAAACCUAAAUUAUAACAAUUUUACCAAACUUCCCGAUAAAUUAUUCGCUAAUAAUGGUAAACUGAAGUUCAUACGGUUGAUGGCUGCAUUCAGCAGUGAAAUUUCAUCGUUACCAGAAUCACUGUUUGCUCGUCUAACUAGACUUGAGACAGUAACCAUGGAUUCGAAUAGUUUGACGUCGUUACCUAAGGAUUUAUUCAAAGAAUGUAGCAGUUUGAAGAUGCUGUCGUUGAGGAAAAACUUGCUAAAGACGUUACCGGCUGGUUUAUUUCAAGAUACGAACAAUCUCGAAGAAUUAGAUCUCGGUUUUAAUAAUCUAGAAACGCUCGAUGAAAAUCUAUUCUCGCCGUUGAAAAAAUUAAAGAAAUUGAAACUGGAUCGAAAUCACUUGGCGAAAAUUCACAGCGACCUGUUUGGCAAUUUGGUCUUCCUAACGCAUUUGGAUUUGAGUCGAAACGAGUUAACAGAUUUUGAAGACAACACUUUCACUGAUUUGAAGAACCUGACGAAAAUUAAUCUCAGUCAUAAUAAGUUGACUAUGGAACGUUCGAUGAAAAUAGAAGUGUCUCCGUUCAACAAAUGUACCAAUUUGCAGUCGUUGAAUUUGACCAAUAAUUUGUUAACAAUGGUGUUUGAAGAUUGGCGUAACACGAUGACCAAACUGAAAACGCUGGAUCUCAGUUAUAACAAAUUGGAUAGUCUGACGAGUGCAGACUUCAUGUUCACAUCAGCGAACUACCCAAUCACGGUGAACUACAGCAACAACAAAAUACGAACCAUUAACUUAUACGCUCUAGAAUCUCACGUCCUAAGCCAAUGCGAUGGGUCACCCUGUACGGAAAAUUCUCUACGAAAUCGAGGCCUGUUAGAGUUCAACUUGGAAAACAAUCCGAUCAAAUGCGACUGCGACGCUUACCAUUUAGCUAAAUACUUCCAAAAGAAAAUGUCACCGGUGGUCAACAAGUUCGUCACUUUACUCCCCAAUCAAGUCAAGUGUGAUGAGCCCAACACCCUGAGAAAUAUUUCGCUCAGCGAGAUCGAUUUAAUGGAACUUAAAUGUCCAUUGAAAGAAAUUAGCGAAGCACGCAAUCAGUUCUGUCCGGAUAAUUGCAGCUGCUUUUAUCGUCCAGUCGACAAUACAUUUAUUGUUAAUUGUACGGCUACCGGUAUGGAGACGUUUCCAGAACGUGUUCCGUUCAUUGAAGGUUCUGGAGUUGAAUUGCUAUUGGCUGGAAAUCGUUUCAAGUCUAUCGAUGGUCUUUCAAAUCUAUCCAAGACGGCGAGUAUCACCAGACUGUCGUUGUCUUCCAAUAAACUGAGAAAUAUUGAUGAUUUCGUGCUGCCUCGUGGAUUAAAAGUUUUAGAGCUGGACAACAACGAGCUAUCCUAUCUGAGCAAUCGAACACUUAGGCAGCUAAAUUCGUCGGUAAACUUGACCACGAUAACUUUGCAUAAAAAUCCAUGGGAUUGCAACUGCGACACGAAAUAUUUGUUGAACUUCAUACGAAAUCAAUAUAAAAAGAUUCCCAACCAUCAAGAUAUCCAAUGCAGAGAGAACGGUCACUCAAUUAUCAACCUUACAGAAGACGACCUUUGUUACAUCUCGUUCACGAUUAUUCUAACUUGCAUAUCUUUGGCCAUAUUCGGACUACUGUCCGGCGCUGUGAUGGCCUUAUACUACAUGUACGAGCACGAGAUUAAAGUAUGGAUGUUCGCGCAUAAAAUCUGCCUAUGGUUGGUGGCCGAAAAGGAAAUAGAUAAGAAUAAACUAUACGACGCUUUCGUAAGCUUCUCGCAUAAAGAUCAAGAUUUCGUCGAUACUCAAUUAAUACCUCAUCUGGAGAAAAACGACGACCACAAUUACAAAUUAUGCGUCCACUACAGGGACUUCAAAGUGGGCGAAUUUAUUCCUAGUCAAAUCGUCAACUCUGUGGAAAACUCCAGACGUACGAUUAUAGUAUUGACUUCAAAUUUCUUGGAGAGUGUUUGGGGUCGAAUGGAAUUCCGAACGGCGCAUUUGAAAGCUAUCAAAGAAGGCUGUGCUAGGGUAAUUAUCGUAAUGCUCGAAGACGUCAGUAAUGAAAAACUCGAUCCCGAAUUAAAAGCUUAUAUUACGAUGAACACGUAUGUGAAAUGGGGCGACCCUUUAUUUUGGGAAAAACUCAAGUACGCUUUGCCUCAUCCUCAAGCUUAUACCAAGCAACGUACUUCUAAUGUUGCUCCUUUAAGCGCGUCCGAACUCAAGAAACAGGAAAAAAUCUUCAACAUGGAUGAAAUAAUUAAAAGUAAAGCUUGAGGAAUUGACUAUAUACGAAUUGUUAAACCGGUGAUUAUAACCUAAGCUAUUGUUCAAUACUCCCAAAGAGGUGUGGAGUGUCCGGUGAAAUUGUCGUGUGAUGAUUAUGAUACGAUGUGAUUUUUUUUCUACGUAUUUGUUGUUUUUUUAAAUGUUGAUUCGAGUGUCUAGUGUUGUGAGAUGUAAUAUGUGAUGUUUGAUGUUAAACCUGGUGGUACAUUGAGAAUUUUUUAAAAAUUUAUGGCAAUUUUUGAUCAGUUUAUAUACUAGAAGAGAGGCGAAUUUACUUUAACGUGAAUUUAAUGACAUAAAAAGUAUUAGGAAUUCCUGGUAUAUGAUCUCAUUCUUUCAAUUUUGUCAGCAUGUGCCACUGGUUGAACAUAUUUUACAUCCAUAAAACUUUUGUCUCGAUUACCUUUUACAAUGAAAUGGAAUUUCAUACUCAAAAUACUGAUCCGAGCUGAUGUUGUAUUAUUUUUGAACCAUAUUUGCAUAAAUCUAUCGACAGAUAAAAAAAAUUACAAUUUUAAAAAAAACAAAACCUCUGUUCUCAGAACAUUAAAACAAUAUGAAAAGUACAUGACUGCUUCAUAUGAAUAAUAAGUUGAUCUGUAAUUCUGUCAAGAGAGAAAAUUUAUACGUAACUUGUUGAACUCUGAAUGCAGUUCGGUACAGAGGUACGAUGUUAGUUAUAUAUAGUUAAUCAUUUUUUAAAAAAUAUCUAGUCUAUUGCCACUCCUGAUUCUGAAGAAUAUUUUAGUUUAUACAAUUAGAAGAACUCGUAAUUAUUAUUAUAAUUUUAUAAAACGAUCUUUUGCAACAUUUUCCACGAAGAAAGAAUUUUUUUUUAAAUUUAGGUAGGUAAAUAUUAAGUACAUACUCGUACUUUGCUGUAAUACUUAUUAUGCGCUGCAUUUAUAUUUUAAAUUCGAGUAAAAUACUUACUUACCUAUGCGUUAACUCUAAGCAUCUACUUAAUUUUAUUAUUGUUUAUUUUUAAAUGCACGUUGCCUAUAGUAGAUAGGAUUUAAAAAGAUGGCAUUACUCAUUCCUUUGCAGUAAUUUAAUAGUCAUCGUUAUAACCGUGUUUGGAAGUAAGAUGAUUUUGAUCUGUGAUCUCAGUGGAAAUGUUAUACUUAAUAAGAGUUACAAUUAUUUAUUAAACGGAUAAAAACUGUAAAAAAAAAUAUAUCUAGAAACUAUUCAGGUAGAUAGGUAUACUAUAAAGUAUAGUAUACCUAUAAAUAUAUUUUAAAUAACGUGCAUAAUUAUUAUACUUCUGGUGUAUUACUUAUGAUUUGUAUAAUGUUACCCAAGUUUCACGACUGUAACGUAAAAAUGUUUCAGCAGUCAGUGGAGUUAAACUUGGACUGAUUUUUUUUUUUUUGCAGAGUUCUUGUAAAAAUUUUCUAGAAUAUUCGUUUGCUCAUUAUGUUUAGAUUUCAGUAUCGUUAUGUCAUUAUGAUGAGAUUCCAAGAUGUGAUAUUUACAUUAUUUUUAAAUAAAUCGAUUUUCUCAAAACGAAAA